AUCAUAACAGACCGCUUCGACGUACGAAGCGCAGUCUGAGUUCAAGACGGUGGAGUGCGUUUAGUGGUACACAGUGAAGGUUUUUAGUUGAUCGUGCGUAAAAGAAUACCUACUAAGCAGAUCUACCUCGGUGCAGCGCCCGUUGGCCAGAUGGCCACGGCUAACGUGUCCACAAUGGGUUGGCCUCCAAUCCAGAACGGCAACAACCUGAACCCGAACAGAAGAACGCUACAAACAUGGAUGGACCCCAAGAAUGAACACGGUCAGGUUGAAAUUCUGCAGCUGAAAGCGACACAAGGCGGAAAACUACCAAACAACCCCUUUAUUAUUUCCAAAACCAUCGAGAACACAGUGGGAAAGAUCGCAGCAGCCCACACGGAAGGAAAAGGAGAACGAUAUGUCCUGAAGGUGCGAAAUCAUGCGCACUUCGAAAAGCUGCAAACUGUAACUAAGCUCAUUGACGGUACCGACGUCCAGAUCAUACCCCACCCUACGCAGAACAUCGUGAAAUGUAUUGUCACUUGCCGGGAAGCCGAGACCUUGAGUGAAGAGGAACUACAGCAAGAAUUGGAACCACAAGGGGUCCGAGCAGUACAUCGAAUCAAGAAGUUUGUCAACGGAGCACAAAUCGGAACACCAACACUCGUCAUCACCUUCAAUGGAACGGUUGCACCAGAAUACCUGUUCUUUGGACUCAUUCACAAUCCUAAUUCAACGCAUAUACCCGGAAGUUGGUUUGGGUCUGGUGAAGAGAAAGUAACCAACCCACCUUCCCUUGGGAAGGAGAACGAUCGAUCAGACGGAAGCGAGGACGUUACAUCCCAACCUGUGCUUUGUCAGCCUGAUCAUCGUUCGGCCAACAGCAAAGACAAAUCGACAAACUCCAUCUACCCACCAACGGACAACACCGGUGAAUCAACAAGGCAUUUCCUGUUGCCAGCCCUGUCCCGAAACGUACCGACCAACUUGGUUGAUGAGCUUCCGGCGGCUGCUGGCAUCAGGAGCUGGCCUUGCUCUUAG